ACUCGUCGCGAUCGGUUCGGUUUGUUUUCGGUGUUACCGGACAGGUUUAUCGUUUCUGUAUCUUGUUUUUUUUUGUGUGCUAUGGAUAUUUAGAAGUGUUUUUACAUCCUGUGUUUAGUGUUUUUGGAUUCUACGUCGCUUGACCCUAAAUGAAUAUUUGUGUGAACCAUCGAUAAGGAUACCUGGAUAAUGUGUAACAGUGCAGAAGAAUUAUUGUUAUAAGAAGUGAAAUACCAUAACGAAUAUAUUAUACAAAAUUGAAUUAUUGAUAAGUGAAGUGAAGGGUUAAUAAAACAACAUAGAUAUUCUAUCAAAGGGGUUAGGUGUUAUUGUUAACUGAAUGCCAGAUUCGAUUCGAUGCACCUUUACAGCAAAACAACCUUGAAAAAAGAAGAUUAAUACCCCACAGUCAAUAAAAGUGAAUCGUGAAAUCCCCGCCGGAGAUUAGCAUGCGAGCAAGCGGCGAAGCGACGAACCGCGAUGGAGAGGUGUAAAAUUCGACGUUACACUUUAUGACCACCGCAGAACUUGGAGAGAGAGCUCGAAGAGUGCGUGUGAAGCCAGAUGUAAAUGAGCGCGGCCGAGCGUUAAUGAAUAACUAACAUGAAGCCGAUCACGUUCGAAUCGAUCCGGAAUCUAUUGAAAACAAAGAAAAAACAAAAAGACAAAUCCAGCAUCGAUCAGAGCUUUAAGCGAAGCGACUCGUUUAAACGCAUCAGCAUCCGGAAAAGCUACCUUGAACGUGGUCGGAAGCGCAAUGCUGCCGCCGUCUUACGCAGCUCAACAAAAAACCUGGUCAACAUCAACGAAUUCGAAGACCAGGCCAAGGUUAUCAAACCGCCUGACAAGUCAUCAAAAGCAUCAGGCAGUAGCAAUGAAGCCAGUGGCUCUUCCGGCACUAAAGAUGAUCCGCCUCGUCCAACACGCGAACUCACGUUCGAGGAGAAAUUGGAAUCCAAUGACGCGUCGUUGGACGAGAAGAUCCGAGCUCUUCAGGAAAUCAACGAUCGCUAUAUUAGCGAAAAUCAAAAUCUCACCGAGAAAACAUACGAGGCUACCAAACAUGUGGAGAAAGUCAAGAUCAAGAAACCCCCAAGGCCUUCCAAGCUCAAAAAGAAUCGUGAAACCGAAGCGCAAACCUCGAACUCCAUUGAUCUCAAAUCGAAGAGUACAGAAUCCCUAAACACGCUCACCUCAACUGAUACUAUCGAAUCCCAUAGUCGUGCUAAAAACGUAUCCCAUGUAAAUAUAAACGCUACGGAUGUUAUCCCGGAAGAAGACGAAAGCACCAUCUACUCUUAUGAACCGGAAGCUCAAUCAACCAGUAGAAAAACGGAAGAUGCAGAUGACAAAUCCUUCUACAGCAUUAGUACUUUCACGAUUGAAAGUAAUACGUUGAACAACACAAAUGCGUCGUCGAAAAAAUCCUUCCGAAGUAGUUUCAGCACGUCCACCAAAACCAAGGAACUACCAACCCUAGUAACUAUCAAAACAUACUGUGAACCUAACGCUUUCAUGCAAUCCACCACUCACGUGAACGAGCGAUACCUGGAAACUAGUUUCGACAGCUACCCGGAAGACACCCUAACCCAAACUGUUUCCAAAUCUGACAUCAUCCUCGCCAAAUCGGCGAGUCUCCAAAAAGCGCAAUCAAACACGGAAAAACUUCCUUCCGAGGUAAAAACCUCUUCCCUCAAAGACACCCGACCCAAAAUCAACACCCAAACGUUCAAGAUGAUUCGCAGCAAAUCAAGGGAGGGCAUCGUAAUAAGGAUCCCUGCCAUCGAUAUCGAUCCGGAUCCCACCGAUAAGAAGAAGCUGGAUCGAGAGCCUGAUAACCUUAAUCGGCAAUUGAGCAAUGAUUCCGCCCUGGAUCUGAUCGACGUUGACAUCAAAGUUGACGAGAAGGACAUGCAGCACAACACGGUCGAGUUGAAGAACCAAAAGAACAAGUACAAAAAGAAAUUGAAGAAAUCGGCUGGCAAAACGGCAACGUUGGAUAUCGAGGACUGCCGGAAUCACACAUUCAAGAGUCAUGAAAAUUUCGACUUGGAGAAGGGCUCCACUCCGAAAGAACGCAUUGAACCCAAAUUCAUCUUUCCCAGUAACUAUUUCGAGGAAGAAAACAACAUCUUCUACGACCAGACGGUGUACGACGAUACGGGAAACCCGUCACCCGAGAACAGCAUACCGUAUGCCCUGCGCAUCAAAGAGAACCCGUUCACCAAGAAUAAAGAGUUCUAUUCCAUUAACACGGGUAGAAUAUGGAAACAGUUGAACUUGGGUCAAGAGGAAGACCUUUCCAUCCUGUCCGCUGCUCCACGAAUACCGGUUCCAAAAACGAAAAACGAAUCCUUCAAAUCCAUGUCGUCCAGAGAUUCAGGUUUCAGCUUGACGCUAACCAAACCAAAAAAUCUUUUCCGCCGAAAGUCGAAAAAGGCAACGCUUUUGCAACGGAGGAAGCCGAAGUUGGCCGUCAGCCGUGAUGGGUAUUUCAAGCGGGUAAUGGUGGUGCAACGAAAUUCGUCGAAGCGAAAACGCUCGAUCAGGAAGUCUCGCAUGCAGAGCAAAGAUAUCUUCCGAGAACUUUACGAUGAAAACUGGACCAAACUGGGCGGUGACUUUCUAGACCAUCAAGCGCCGGAUUUCGCGCGAGAUUUUGAGAAUUUUUGCAACACCCACAGAUACAACCAGGAAAUGCACGACCUGGAGGCAUUCUACGAGGAGCACCUUAAAAGACUGAGACACUACUACAUCCAGAAGAAGAAACUGAACGAAGCUGCCAUCAAGGAGUUCUACAGGGACUACAACGGCGAGGAUGGCGAGGAGGAUAACGACUAUUACGAUUCGUUCAUUGCGACACGGAAUGACACGAUCCGUUUUAGAAACGAUAUGCAGAAGAAGUACUUUCAGGACAAGGAGGCGGAAACAUCGCUGGAGUUUAUGUUUCCGCAUCCUGACAAACGGAAAGCAAGUCCGGCGGCCGCGAAGCAGAAACCGAAAGGUCGAAAACAGUUAUUCCACGAGGUUCGGCCAUUCGGAAGCUCUGUGGAACCACUGAACCACAAGGAAGCGCGCGGUAAUGGUUCAGAGAACGCCGGUCAGGAGGUAAAGUUCAGACGCGCCUCAGAUGCAAACUUUCAGCUGUUGGCACCGGCGGCGAAAGCUGACCGAGCCUUGGAUGCGGUGAAGAGCACCGCGAAAGAAGGUCAAGUGCACGAAAUCUCGCUCGCAAACGUGUUCCCAUCGGUUGAUGGAAAAAAUAAAUCGGACCUGCCGAAUGGCACCGCGGAUGGCGAAGAUGAGUGCGACGAGGACGACGACGAUGACGAGUUCAGUGAAAAUGAGUUCUUAAUCAACAGCAUAGGCGAAAACCUGUACUGUUUGCGUUGUGACAAGGUGAAUAGUGAUUGCGAGUGUUACGACGAUACGACGACAACGGAAACGGCCAAUGACAACAGCAAUGAUAACGAAGAAGAAGAAGAAGAUGGCGGGAAGGAGGGCGCGGCAAGGGUUUCGAGUGGGGUGCUUGGGGCGGUGGAGGGCGAAGAAGACGACGAUGAUGACGACGACAAUUACUGCGAUGUGUUCGAGUUUGACGAUAUCAAUAUUGUGCACGCGAAUCAUAAGAAAAAAGUGAAGAGGAAAAAAUCGAAAAAGCGGGUGCGGAAAAACCACUCGACCUUGCGGCGCGGCGGCUACUGGGGUGACAUCACUCAGAAAGGAUACGAAAAGAAGCGAACGCGACUGCUGCAGCCAUAUCUAGCAAAAAAUGCACAACAAGGUGGCGGAGGCGGUAAUGGUGGUGGUGGUGGUGGAAAUAACCCAGGCUAUGUAAAUGACAUCCAAUCGCACCUGCACCACCCUUCAUCACAGCAGAAGCAGAACAUCUUUGCCUCCUCCGGAAGCGGCGGUGGAGGCGGAGGAGGUGGUGGCGGCGGUGGUAGCCGAGAGCGCAAUGACCGCUCCAGUGGCGGACACCACCAUUCCCAGCAGCAGCAGCAGCAGAUCCAAAACAGAACCAGACGCAGUACCCAGCGAAGGGUUACCCAUAACGAAAAGCGAUACCACUCAGCGACGGGUCGGUCAGAUCUGCCACACCCGGACAAACCGAGCUUUGAUCCGCUCCGGCCAUUCGAACAGUACAUCCGGUCACAGUUUGCCGCCCUCGAAACGCCAAGUGCCGAACAGCUGAGAAAAGACGUGCCAUCGCUAAGUACUAACUUCAGUAACCUGGCCCUGCACUCGCCGGCGAUAGUGGCGGCUGCGGCAGCCCUGGCCAAGUCACCAUCGACGUCCGCGAACCCUCCGGCGGACAGUCACGGCUCCCUAGCGGAGAACCAAGUCAUAAUGCGGCAGAAACACCACCAGUAUUUACGGUCUCAGCCGCCGCAGCAGGCGGCAUCGGCGGCUAGCUCUGUCCACCAGCCGCCGCCCCCACUAGAAACCAAUUUCGAUCGAACAAGUAAUAACCAAACGUCUGGAAAUAAUAGUAGAAAUAAUAGAAGAAUUGGACGACACGAGAGUCGUUACACCAGUGAAGUACGUCAGGAAGCUGUACAGCAAGCAUUAGCCGCAUUAAAAAAUCGCCCCAAACCUAGCUUACCAAUGCCAUCCAAACGCAGCUCCGUGCUCAAUCGUAGUCCCGAGCGCGAUCAUGACGACUCAGAUUCCAGCACAGACGACGAGUCAAUCCCAGAGGAAGGCAUUAUCGGCGGACGGAUAUCCACGCCGGACCGGGAUAACUACAACCUCCCACGUGAUCACAUUCUUGGCCGAGAACCCAUGAAACUUCCAUCAUCCCGCGAUCAUCAUCAUUCGAGCCAACAAAAGCAACAAACCCAACCAGCGCCAAUCGAGCGACGGCCCCCGCAAAGCAUACCAACACAAAACACUCAACACGCUACUCUGUCCGAUACCUCCAGUGCCGGUUCCCCGCCGGCAAUGCAUCGGACCUACUACAACCAAAAGAACAGCUAUGAUAUCACCGACAUUUCUGAGUACCAGCAGCGACCCUAUGCUGCCCCGGACAUUACCCAGUUCAGUGCCAACACAAGACGGGGAGCAGACCGCGUUACGCGGUAUGUGAAUCUCUCUAGCCAGGAACCCGGUGACACGGGAACUGCUGGCCGAUGGAAGGUCUCCGCCAAAAUACAGCAGCUACUGAAUACCUUGAAACGGCCGAAACGUCGACCUCUCCCAGAAUUCUACGAAGACAAUGACAUCGAGCUGGAGAUCGCAGCCAACCCGAAAGAUCCCAACGCUCCGAAACCGGAAGGUAACGUCAUGAGCCCCGUUCAAGGCGAACAGCUGAUUGUCCCAUCGGGCCUUCCGCGAACACUGGAAGCCGCACUUCAACGGUACGGUACCAGUUCGUUCAAGGCACCGAUGGCGACCGUUCUGGAUCCGAAUGGUAAAAUGACUACCACUCUAACCUACGGAAAGCUGUUGUCUCGAGCGCAGAAAAUCGCUUACGCACUAUCCACCAAAGUUUUUAGCAAAGGCCCCGAACAAAUAUCGCUCAAAGCAGGCGACAGGGUCGCUCUGGUCUACCCCAACAGUGAUCCACUAAGUUUCAUAACCGCGUGGUACGGUUGCAUGUUCCGCGGACUGGUCCCACUGCCCAUCGAGCUACCUUUAUCCAGUUCGGACUCCCCACCCCAGCAGGUCGGUUUCCUGUUGAGUUCGUGUGGAGUGCAGGUGGCCUUGACAUCGGAAGCGUGCUUGAAAGGACUGCCAAAGUCGUCGACCGGUGAGGUUGCCAAGCUCAAAGGAUGGCCACGGUUGCACUGGUUCGUCACAGAACAUCUUCCAAAGGUUCCCAAGGACUUCAAUACAAACAACAACCGCAUCAGUGAGGAUUCGAUCGCUUACAUCGAGUACACUACCGAUAAGGAAGGCAGUGUCAUGGGAGUUACAGUCUCACGCCAAUCCAUGAUCAACCACUGUCGAGCGCUGACAAUGGCUUGUCACUACACGGAAGGGGAGACAAUUGUUUGUGUCCUCGAUUUCAAACGGGAAGUAGGUCUCUGGCACAGCAUACUAACGUCGGUGCUUAAUGGAAUGCACGUACUGUUCAUUCCCUAUGCGCUGAUGAAGCUCAAACCUUCGUCGUGGAUGCAACUGAUCACCAAAUAUCGCGCUUCGUGUUGUUUGGUUAAGAGCCGCGAUCUGCACUGGGGUCUUCUGGCAACCAAGGAUCACAAAGAAAUCUCACUCUCGUCACUGCGAAUGCUUCUGGUUGCGGACGGUGCCAAUCCGUGGUCUCUUUCCAGCUGUGAUCAAUUCCUGAGUGUGUUCCAGUCUAAGGGCCUCCGACCGGAUGCAAUCUGUCCCUGUGCCAGCAGUUCGGAGGUGUUUACCGUUUCGCUAAGACGGCCGGGUCGAUCCGCCGGUGGGUACAACCAAUCGGCUACCGGACGGGGCGUCCUAUCGAUGGCAGCACUCUCACAUGGCGUGGUUCGCGUGGAUAGUGAGGAUUCGCUGACGUCGCUCACACUGCAGGACUGUGGUCAGGUUAUGCCGAGUGCUACUAUGGUUGUGGUCAAUGCGGAAGGUCCCCCAGUCCUGUGCAAAACCGAUCAAGUUGGAGAGAUUUGUGUGACGUCUGGGUCAACUGGAACUACAUACUAUGGCUUAGACGGCAUGACCAACGCCACAUUCAAGGUCCAAGCGCUCACGGAACCAUCCCCGGUCAAAGAAGGCGAAGUCCAGACACCCGGAAAACCAAUCAGCGAUGAGCUGUACGUAAGAAGUGGACUGCUGGGCUUCCUCGGCCCAGGCGGUCUGGUGUUCGUCUGUGGCUCAAGGGACGGCCUAAUGACCGUUACUGGACGGAAGCACAACGCCGAUGACAUUAUUGCCACCGUAUUGGCUGUGGAACCCAUGCGAUUCAUUUACCGUGGCCGGAUCGCCGUCUUCAGCAUCAAGGUGCUACGAGACGAGCGAGUUUGUGUCAUCGCGGAGCAACGUCCAGACUGCUCGGAAGAGGAAUCCUUCCAAUGGAUGUCGCGCGUUCUACAAGCGGUCGAUUCUAUUCAUCAAGUGGGAAUCUACUGCCUAGCACUAGUUCCACCCAACCAUCUGCCAAAAACACCGCUCGGAGGAAUCCAUCUGACCGAAGCUCGUCGAAGGUUCCUGGAGGGAUCGCUUCAUCCGGCAAACGUGCUCAUGUGUCCACACACUUGCGUCACAAAUCUCCCCAAACCUAGAGAACUGCACCACGGUUCUAUCCAACAACUCCAAAUUUCCGGCACCACACCGUCGUCGUCCACGUCGAUCAACACCGCCGGCACAGAUGCCUCCGUCGGUCCGGCUUCGGUGAUGGUCGGUAAUUUGGUCCAGGGCAACCGGUUGGCAUCGGCGCAGGGACGCGACAUCGGACUGGCGGACGAUAACGAACGAAAACAUCAAUUGAUUACCGGUGUGCUCCGAUGGCGAGCCAACUCUUCGCCAGACCAUGUGCUGUACACCCUACUGAACUCGAAGGGGGCCGUGGCCAAGACGCUCACCUGUUCGGAGCUGCACAAGCGGGCCGAGAAGAUAGCCGCCCUACUGCAAGAGCGCGGCAAAGUCAACCCGGGAGACCACGUGGCGCUGAUUUUCCCACCGGGAUUGGAUCUGAUUUGCGCCUUCUACGGGUGUUUGUAUUUGGGCGCGAUUCCGGUGACGAUACGGCCUCCCCAUCCACAGAACCUCAUCACAACCCUACCCACCGUGCGGAUGAUUGUGGAUGUGUCCAAGAGUGGCAUCAUCCUGUCCAUCCAAAGCAUAAUCAAACUGCUCAAAUCUCGUGAAGCUGCCACCUCGAUUGAUCCCAAGAGUUGGCCGGUCAUUCUGGACAUUGAGGACAACCCCAAACGGAAGCUAGCCGCAAUCGCAAACAGUACUCUGGAUUCGACGGCAUAUCUGGACUUCAGUGUAUCAACUUGUGGACGCCUCAGCGGAGUUAUCAUUUCGCAUCGAUCUCUCUCGAGUUUAUGUGCCAGCUUAAAAUUAGCCUGUGAAUUGUAUCCUAGUCGCCACGUGGCCCUCUGUCUCGACCCAUAUUGUGGAUUGGGCUUCUCUAUGUGGACGCUGAUCAGUGUCUACAGCGGCCACCAUUCGAUUCUGAUAGCACCAUACGAGGUCGAAGCAAAUCCCAGCUUAUGGCUAAGUACGCUGUCGCAAUAUCGCGUUCGGGAUACAUUCUGCUCAUACGGCGUGAUUGAACUGUGCACAAAGGCGCUAAGCAACUCGAUUCAGGCGCUCAAACAACGGAAUAUUAAUCUUGGUUGUGUGCGAACCUGUGUGGUGGUUGCCGAAGAACGGCCUCGAGUACAACUGACGCAGCAGUUCUGCAAACUGUUCCAAGCGUUGGGGCUCAACAUGCGUUGCGUCUCGACUUCGUUCGGUUGUCGCGUGAACCCGGCCAUAUGCGUACAAGGGGCAAGCUCGGCAGAAAGUGCCCAGGUGUACGUGGAUCUCCGUGCCCUGCGGAACAACAGGGUAGCACUAGUCGAACGGGGCGCCCCCAAUUCUCUCUGCCUAGUCGAAUCCGGAAAACUGUUGCCCGGAGUGAAGGUGAUCAUCGCCAACCCAGACAGUAAAGGCCAGUGCGGCGAUUCUCAUUUGGGUGAGAUAUGGGUACAAUCCCCUCACAACUCGAACGGUUACUUCACCAUCUACGGAGAUGAGACCGAUUAUAACGAUCAUUUCAAUGCCAAACUGGUGACCGGUUGUAGUACUAGCGAAACGUGGGCAAGAACUGGCUAUCUGGGAUUCCUUCGGCGAACUGAAUGCUCCCAGGCAGGGUCCAUCUUGGAUGAAACGACGCCCAGUAUUGCGAGUCGGGAUUCUGACAACGAAUCGAUUCAUUCACAGGGUCACAAUACGCUGAACUCCACUACGAGUUCCAAUGCGGCCACCACCACUGCCACCGGAAGUGGCAACGAACAGGAAUUACACGAUGCGGUUUACAUCGUGGGAGCCCUGGACGAGGUGAUCACGCUUCGCGGCAUGUACUACCAUCCGAUCGACAUAGAAAACUCGGUGCUGCGUUGCCACAAGAAGAUUGCCGAAUGUGCCGUAUUUACGUGGACCAACCUGCUCGUGGUAGUGGUCGAACUGGACGGAAACGAAUCGGAAGCGCUCGAUCUGGUGCCGCUGGUAACCAAUACGGUGCUGGAGGAACACCAGCUAAUUGUUGGCGUGGUUGUCGUGGUCGAUCCAGGUGUUGUACCGAUCAACAGCAGAGGCGAAAAACAGCGAAUGCAUCUGCGGGACGGAUUUUUGGCCGACCAACUGGAUCCCAUAUACGUUGCCUACAAUAUGUAAACGCACCUACCUACCAGGCUGACAAGCAAACGUGAUUCGUGCCUCUUCUUUGUUAGACUUUUAAAGUCGAUGUUUCCCCUGGAUCAUGUGACGCAGCGGGGAGCAGCGACAGGUGAUAUUAACAAACAAAUGAAAUGAAAGCUAUAAGAGGAUAAAAAUCAACGCACAUCACACUAACAAAAUACACGUCUACAAUGAGUCAAAAUUCGAACAAGAGGGAAUUUGAACGCCCAGCUACAUAAUUUGCAUGGCCGGCAGCACAAUGGAGGCGUUUUAUUACUGAAUUAGCUCCAAAUUGACCGGUUCAAUUGAACGAACAGUUCUUCUGUAAAUAAUUUGUACACAUCUCAGUUGGACAAGCGAAGUUGGUUUUUCCGAUCGUAUGCUAAUAAUGAAUGGUUCUACUAGUUCUCAAUCGAUUAAUUAGGGUUGAACUUUAGAAUGAGCUUAGUUGAUAUAUACUUAGGUAUUUGUUAUAAACGAACAAACAGGUGGAACUGACAAUUUCCAUGUGAAAAAAGUAAGCUUGCUGAAAAACAUGAUUGUAGGGAUUGUACAUUUGUUUCUUUUGCACAAAAUUUUAAUCGGCUCUACUUAACGUCAUUUUCAGUAUUCAAAUAUUUUGUUAGCUAUUUUUGCAAGAAAAAUAAAGUGAAUUGCGUUGCGUCCUUCCCUGAUACGAGGACAGGCAAUAGAUUAUUAUAUUGGCAUGUUGUUUAUUUUAACUUCAUAAUCUAGUCUUUUUUAAUUCGUUUUUGUACAUGUUUUAUCGCUACUGGUUCAGGCGAAGCAAUCGAUAAAAUAAUUUUAUUUUGUGAUUUAUUCGUAAAUUAACAUUUUAAUUCUGUGGCCUGGAUCUCUGUUCCUUAGAAUCAAUCCUAACACAACUCAUCGCUCAUCAUUCCCUUCAGCACAUAUAUCUGUAAAGGAUUGGACGUGCUUUCGAAAGAAAACAUGUCUCGUUCAAACUUCCAAAUUUCAUCCAAACUUUGUCAACUUUUCAGAAAACUAUGCGGUACUGGCAAACGCACUAGCAAUUGUAAGGUUUAAAUAGUCGUAUUGUUUAGAAAAGAUAUACACACUCUUUCAUCUGAUUAUCAUUCAACUGAUAAAAAGUAAGAAAUCGAUCUAUUUGUUUGUACAUUUAAAACUAUGGAACCGUUUGAAACUUGAAAAGAUAAUUUUAAGGUGAGCCUGACUCUGAACCACGAACUGCUCUAAUUAUUGGUAAACAAAAAUUUAAAAGAUAUAAGCAAACUGUAAGCCAAGGAAAGGAAUUAGGAUGAUUAGUUGGUUAUAAACUUCAAUCAAUAUUUCGCGAUUUUUCUCUCUGUAACGUAUAUAUUCAUAAUUAGCAAUCAACACACACACAAAUCACGUACGAAAUUAGAGUUACUAAAACAUACAUAAAAAUGGCCAACGAAAAAUAUGAAAAUAAUCCAAAUGAGGAAAUGAUCCGACGCACCUAGCAGCCGAAAUGAACGGCUGCUCGUCUUGCGGUAGAAUUGUUAUCUGUGCUAAAUUGACGAAUCUUGGCAAAACAAUCGCACAUACACAAACACAUAUACCUUAAGCGAUGGAGGAAGUAUGUACUCGACAUCUACAAAUUUUACAACAAUGUACGCUAGAUAAGAAAAUCGUUUUGGCAGUAACAUGAUUGGUGAAACACUAAUUCCUUUGUAUUUCUCUUAGUGAACGGCGAAUAAUACAAGUGAAUAUUUAAUUUAGAAAAUAAAUGUAUUUAGAAAAAAAAA